AUGCGGAACUUACCAAUACCUUCAUUGUUGAUUGAAGUAUUAUUUAAUCCAGAGAAAUUAAAAGAACUAGUGUCAAAAGAUCCAACCGAUUCUUUAAUUGAAAAAAUUGUACAGGAAUCACUUGAUUAUCAUACUCCAUCAAGACAACAAAGAUUAUUGAUCCCUGGUGUUCCACCAAUGGGAAUUGAUCCAAUUAUCAUCGCUAAGGAACAUAAUUGGGAAUCAUUAAAUGAAUAUAAAAAAGCAGAGAUUGAACUUCGACAAUUAAAAUUACGAAAUUUUCAGAAAAAAGUUCGUCAAGACGUUCUCAAAUAUAAAAAUCAAGUUACUUUACUAGCAUCAUCAACAAAUCGUUCCAUUUACAAGAAAUUAAAAAAAAAAUCCAUGCGCGACUUAAAAUUAACUGAGAGACUAGAAAGGCAGCAACGUGAAGAUUAUCAAAAACAUCAAAAACAAAAACAUUACAGUUUCUUAAACAGAGUUUGUAAUCAUAGUCGUGAAGUAAUACAAUGGCAUCGUGCAAAUCAAUCUAAAAAAUUGAAAUUUGGUCGUGCUGUUCUAAAUUAUCAUGCUCAGAUCGAGAAAGAAGAGUUGAAAAAGAAUGAUCGUUUAUCAAAAGAACGUUUGAAAGCUUUAAAAAAUGACGACGAGGAGGCUUACUUGAAGCUUAUAGACAAAGCAAAGGAUACUAGAAUUGCUCAUCUACUGGAACAAACUAAUGCAUAUCUUGACUCUUUGGCACAUGCUGUUGUUGCACAACAACAUGAUGAGGUGCAUGAUAAUCCUUCCGUUAGAGGUGGGAUUGAACUGAUGGACAAAGAUGAUGACACAUUUGCAAUUAUGAAUGGUAAAAAAAUUGAUUAUUAUCAAGUUGCUCACAGAAUUAAAGAAGAAGUAAAGCAACCAGCCAACUUAAGAGGCGGAACUUUAAAGGACUAUCAAGUAAAGGGAUUAGAAUGGAUGGUGUCAUUAUACAACAACAGAUUGAAUGGAAUACUUGCCGAUGAAAUGGGUCUUGGAAAAACUAUUCAGACUAUUUCAUUAAUAACUUAUCUUAUAGAAAAGAAGAAUCAAAAUGGACCAUUUUUGAUUGUAGUUCCAUUAUCCACAUUAACAAAUUGGACAAUUGAAUUCGAAAAAUGGGCACCGUCUGUCAUAAAAUGUGUUUACAAGGGUACACCAUCUGCCCGUAAAGAACUACAAAAAGAAUACGUCAAGCAUAUAAAUUUCCAGGUCCUACUUACCACUUAUGAAUAUAUAAUUAAGGACAAGUCAGUUCUAGGGAAAGUGAAAUGGGUUUAUGUGAUUGUUGAUGAAGGUCAUCGUAUGAAAAAUGUCAAUUCUAAAUUGUCAAUGAUCUUGACCAAUAAUUAUCAAUGCCGUUAUCGAUUGAUUCUUACUGGAACACCGUUGCAAAAUAAUUUACCAGAGUUGUGGUCGCUGUUGAAUUUCAUAUUACCAAAAAUAUUUGAUUCUGUUAAAAGUUUUGAUGAAUGGUUCAACACUCCAUUUGCAAACACUGGCGGUCAGGACAAAAUAGCUUUGAACGAAGAAGAAUCACUGCUUAUUAUUAGACGUCUACACAAGGUAUUGAGACCUUUCCUUUUACGAAGGUUGAAAAAAGACGUAGAAUCAGAAUUGCCUGAUAAAGUAGAAAGAGUGGUUAAGUGUAAAUUGUCCGCUUUACAAAUUAAAUUGUAUAUUCAAAUGAAAAAGCAAGGCGUUUUAUUUGUAAAUACUGGUGAAAUGGGAAAAACUGGUAUAAAGGGACUUAACAAUACCAUAAUGCAAUUAAGAAAAAUAUGUAAUCACCCAUUUGUUUUUGAUAAAGUGGAGAAAGAUUUAAAUCCACAAUAUCCAAUUUACAAUAAUGAUCUUUUAUAUCGUGUUUCUGGCAAAUUUGAAUUAUAUUUACGUUUGGAUGGCACAACAAAGGCUGAAGAUAGAUCUGGGUUACUAGAAAGAUUUAAUGCACCAGGCUCACCUUACUUUGUAUUUUUAUUAAGCACAAGAGCCGGUGGUCUUGGUUUAAAUUUACAAACAGCCGAUACUGUUAUAAUAUUUGAUUCUGAUUGGAAUCCACAUCAAGAUUUACAAGCACAAGAUCGUGCACAUCGUAUUGGACAAACUAAAGAAGUUAAAAUAUUAAGACUCAUAUCACAAAAAUCUAUCGAGGAAAGUAUAUUGGCCAGAGCACAGUAUAAACUUGAUAUUGAUGAUAAGGUUAUACAGGCUGGUAAAUUUGACAAUAAGAGUACUGCCGAGGAACGUGAAGCUCUAUUACAAAUGUUGUUUAAACAGAUGGAUAUUGAAAGGAAUCAAAAAGAGGAAGAGGAAUGGCGAAAGAAGGGCGGAAAGGGUAGCAAACCUGAAAGAUUGAUUCAGGAAAGUGAGUUGCCACCGAUAUACUUGAAAGAUUAUGAAAGUAUUAUGAGAGAUGAAGAAGAGACAACCACUUUGCUUGGUCGUGGUAAAAGAGCUAGAAUUGACGUUAGAUAUGAUGAUGGUUUGACAGAGAAACAAUGGAUGAAUUCACUUGAGGAUGAUGAAAUAGAUGAAAUGAAGAGACUUGAAACAAAAAGACGCCGUAAAGAAAAAAAGAGUCAUGAAAAAUCAUUAGAACAAGAACAA